AAAGAUGGGAGCAUGCGGGCCUAGCUAUAUUGCUCCAUAAAUAUCUAUGCUCACCUUCCAUUUCGCUUGCAUCGAGAUAGAGAUAACCGGCCGUAGCCAAUCAAGCCUGCCAUCACUCUACCCCAAACUCAGCCAUGGCCAACUUCCAAAUCACUCAAUCUCCUUUGCCUGAUGAGAACAACGAGUUCAACUUCAGCAACCUCUACUUGUUCCACACCCAUAGUGGUCCUAACAGGAACCAAUUUUCAGUAACAAGCGAGGAUCCUGCUACCGGUCUGGGUCAGAUAGCCGUCAACAACUGGGAGAUCUACGACGGAGUUGGCGAAAGCACCACCAUUGUUGCCCGUGCCCAGGGCAUGCAUAUCCAUGCCGGUAACUGGACCAAUGUUUUCAGCAUAGUGUUCGAGGACAAGAGGUUUAGGGGAUCAACGCUUCAGGUGAUGGGGAUAUCAGUGGAUGAAAAUGGUGAGUUUGCUAUUGUUGGUGGGACAGGGCAGUUUGCUAUGGCAACCGGUGUCAUCUCCAAAAAGCUUCACCAGCGAAGCAACGAUGGCACCAUUGUACAGUUAACCAUCCACGGAUUCUCCCCUGUGCUGAAAGGGUGGUCGCCACCACCGAGCCAGGUCAAAAAGAUUGAGCCGUUGGGCGGAGGUGGUGGGGUUGUUCAGGACAUAACAGAGGCACCAGGGCGUCUAGAAAGUAUCACAGUGCAGAGCGGUGUGGUUAUUGAUGCGAUUGCAUUCUCAUACGUCGACCAAGCUGGUCAGCAGCGCACCGCGGGCCCAUGGGGUGGUUCGGGACGAAAUUCUGAAACGAUCCAACUUGGGCCCUCUGAGUUCGUCAAGGGAAUUUCCGGAACUGUUGGCCUCUAUCGCUCGUGCAAGGUCAUAGCGUCCCUUACAUUUGUCACCAACGUCAGGACAUGCGGGCCUUACGGUCUAGGAGAUGGAACCCCUUUCACCGUCCCAGUGGAAGACAACCACAGCGUUGUGGGCUUCUUUGUGCGUAGCAAACGUAUCUUGAUGCGAUUGGCGUUUACGUGCAGCCACAAUGAACCAUAGAGCUGCUGCUGCUGCUGCAAUUUCAGUUGUUUCCGUGUGUUCUUACAAUUAAUGAAUAAGAAGGGGGAUGGAUCUUCUCUUGUCCCGGUGAUACUCUGUA